AUGAGCGAGGAUAUCGUAGGCGAGCAGUGGUAUUGUGCCGAACGUAAACCAGCCAACAGAUACAUCCUAUCCCCAGUGUUCAUCGACCACCUCAAAGCGCAAAAGCAACCUCAUGCCGCCCAAGAAGAAGGCGAACACCCUCUUUGGUGCGCACGGCACCAAAACGACCUAGUCGUCAAGCAGGCCGCCGAGUACGUGGCGAUUGGCCAACCUUAUAAAGCGCAUGAACAUCAGUGUCCCAAGGAGACAAACCAGUGGACCCACCUCGGCCGCCUACUCACGGUCCAAGUGAGCUACCAACUGGAGCCGAAGGAGUUCUGCGAGUCGCACAUCCACGCGCAGGUCGGCAUGGUGACAGACAUGCUCGACGUCGCGAUCGUGAACCAGGGCGAGUCCAACGACCAGGAGUAG